AUGGUGCAAGGCCUUACUUCAAGCCCGAUUUGUGGGCGAUGUCUGUUACGCACUCGUCGUCAACUGUUAAGAAACCGGAUAUACUCCCAAAUACACCACAAUCACACGAACCCUCCAGCACCACCUCCGUCGGGCUACUCGCAUCUAAACAAUCGAUCUCUCAUUUCCAUCUCUGGGAUUGAUAGUACAAGCUUCCUUCAGGGCUUGAUAACACGAAACCUUUCGGUUCCGAAGAAUUCUCCCCCGGUUACCUCUCCAUUCUAUGCGGCCUUCCUUAACUCCCAGGGAAGAAUUCUUAACGAUGUCUUCAUAUACCCGUUCGAAACUGCCAGUUCCCCUGCAGGUGAAAUGGAAUAUCUGAUUGAAUUGGACAAGGAGGCCUCUGAAGGCCUGCUUAAGCAUUUUAGAAGGCACAAACUUCGCUCAAAAUUGAAGUUUCGGGCGCUUGAUGACGGAGAGCGAAGUGUUUGGUCGAUUUGGGACGAUGGAAACACGUCUGCUUGGCAUGAGAAUGAGGCCUUCAAAGAAAACAACGCCAUUGUAUGCCCUGAUGGUCGAGCACCCGGCAUGGGAUACAGAGUCAUUGCCAGUGGAGGUAAAUUACCUUCACGGAUCACAGAAGCCUUUCCAGGCGAUGAAUCCUCGAUCGAGGCCUAUACGCUACGCCGAAUGUUACGAGGGGUGGGAGAGGGGCAGGUUGAGAUGCCUCGAGAAUCUGCCUUACCCAUGGAUAGCAAUAUUGAUAUCAUGAAUGGUAUCGACUUCCGUAAGGGUUGCUAUGUUGGCCAAGAAUUAACCAUUCGUACGCACCAUCGGGGUGUAGUACGCAAGAGAAUUCUGCCCGUUCAGCUUUAUAAAUCUACCAAAACACUGCCCACUUCAGAUAUGCCAGUUUAUGAUCCAGACACGAGUAUAACACCGCCGCCUUCUGGUGCUGAGGCUAAUAUUUCGAAAGCUGGAGCUAGCAAGGGCAGAAGUGCAGGAAAAUUCCUGAACGGUAUCGGGAAUGUUGGACUGGCUGUAUGUCGUUUGGAGAUUAUGACGGAUAUUGCCUUAACCGGUGAAUCUACGCAGUAUGAUGCUAACCAGGAGUUUAAAAUAACCUGGGAUUCUACUGAAGUGGGCGGCGCAAAUAUUGCAGAUCAACCCAAGGUAAAGGCAUUUGUUCCUCCUUGGAUUAAGGAAUAUAUUCUAAGUGGUGGUGCACGACAUCGUCAACCGAAGGCAUAA